CAACAUCGCUCCACGCAGUCAACAAGAUAGUGGCCGUGAGACAACACUAUGGCUGCUGUCGAAACUAACGGCAAUGGGGUCCCAACGCCCACGUCCACGCCCACACUCCAGGACGAAGGGAGCAGCAAGCCACCAGGGGGUGUGGUCGUGCCGCCCAAGGACAUUCGAGCUAUUGUUGAGAAAACAGCUGGCUAUGUUGCUCGCAACGGCCCUAUCUUCGAACAACGAAUCCGCGAAAAGGAAAAGAGCAAUCCAAAGUUCUCGUUUCUGAGCACCGGCGAUGCAUACGAAGCAUUCUAUCUAUGGCGACUCAAUGAGAUCAAAGAAGGACGAGGCACUGACGUCUCAGCUGGACGACCGGGCGAAGCUCCAGCAACCCCCGCACCAGAAACACCCCAAGGACCUGCGGCGCCGCCAGAUUUUCACUUUUCGGCUCGAAUGCCUAUUAUAAACGCACAAGAUUUAGAAGUUGUCAAACUGACGGCACUGUUUGUUGCGAAACGAGGGAAAUUGUUCAUGACGUCGUUGUCGCAAAGGGAGGCGAGAAACUAUCAAUUCGAUUUCUUACGACCACAACACAGCUUAUACCAGUUCUUUACUCGACUUGUCGAUCAGUACACCAUAUUACUGAGUCAAGAAGGCGUCGACUCAAAUACCACAGAGAAGAAGCGCCUGGCAGAACUCGACCGUAACGUCAAGGACAAGCGACACGUCUUGGACCGUGCUAAAAAACGUGCCGAAUGGGUCAAAUUCCAAGAAAAACAGAAGCAAAGGAAAGAGGAGGAAGAGGAGGAAGACCGUAUCGCCUACGCGCAGAUAGACUGGCACGACUUUGCUGUUGUCGAAACCGUCCUUUUCACCGAGGACGACGAUCAAAUAGAACUGCCACCUCCCGCUUCACUGGGUGAUUUACAAUCUGCCUCUCUCGAGCAAAAAGCAAUGAUGUCGCUUAACCCGCUACGCAUCGAAGAGGCUAUGCCCACAGACGAGAUGGAGCCUGUAUAUUACAACGCAUAUCCCGUCGAACAAGCCGGCCCAAUCCAACCCCCCGACUUCGAACACCAGCCCACCGCUCCUCCCCCCCCUUUCCUCGACCAGCACAUCCCACCCCAAGCACUCCCCCAAUACCAACCCGUCUCCACGACUGCUACAGAAGAAGAGCAGCGCAUCCGCGAACGCACCGAAGCCCGCGACCAAGCCUCCGCAGCCCAAGCCGCAGCAAAAGGCCAACCGACCUCCAUGCGCAUCCGAUCCGACUACGUCCCACGCGCGCAAACCCGUCGCCAAAACGCCGCAGCGACAGCCCUCUGCCCGAACUGUGGACAGCAAAUCCCCGUCGCCGAACUCGACCACCACAUGCGCAUCGAACUGCUCGACCCACGCUGGAAAGAGCAGCGCGCAAAGGCCGACUCCCGCGCUGCCACCACCAAUCUGUCCACCGUCGACGUGGUCAACAACCUCAAACGCCUGGCGAGUCAGCGAAGCGACGUAUUCGAUUCGACAAACAACCCAUCCGCAACCCCCUCUGCCGCUGCAACUGGUAGUUUUGGCCCCGAAGACCCCGAGGAAGAAGCCCGUCGAAAACGUAUGGCAUUUGCACCCCCCGGUGCCGCCGGUGUCCCCCCCGGACAGGGCUACGAAGGCGCACCGAGCGGAUUCUCUCAGAUGCCCACCGUCGGUCCUGGCCCGGCGGGACGAGCGCAGAACCCGCAGACGAUGAAUUUGCAAGAACAGAUUCGGAAUCUCCACGAGAAGUAUGGACAAAAGCCUCCUGGGAGUUGAAUAAUCGAAUAGUCCAACAGAAGGGUAAAAAAUUGGAGGGGCAGGUGUAUACCGUAUUUUCAUUCAAUUCUCUCGUGUAUGUUGUAUCAAACGGAGUUUUAUGCAUGGAGCAUUUCGGUCUAGGGAGUGGUUUUUGAUAUCGAUGUUACUAUAUAGCUGGCUAAUGGCAGUGGAUAGCAAUGCCUAAGUUUAAUUCAAAUUCUUCUACAGAGACUAGAAUAUUGAAUAAUUUGAGAUUGAAACAAGAUAGAAAUUUGA